CAAUCAAAUGGUGAAUACUGAAUAGUCAAAACUCAAAUCAAAACAAAAAUAAUAAAUUUGUGUAUAGACCUCUAGUCCUUUAAAAUAAUAAAUAAUUAAAAACGUCGUUUGUAGUUAGUCUUAGUUAUAAUGGUGAAUUAUUGCUGCGUACAAGGAUGUGGUCGGAACAGCAAACAAAACAAACAUUUGAACUAUUAUAGUUUGCCGAAAGAAAAACGACGGCAAGUGCAAUGGCUGCAAGCGGCUGGGCGCACGGACCUGCUAGAAAAGGACAAGGUGCUGGUUUCGCACCGGUUCUGCUCCCGACACUUCCCUCCCUCGUCUAUAAAAAACAAACAUCUUUGUGACACUGCUAUGCCCUCGCUUUGUCUACCUGGGACUACUGAAAAGGAUAGCGAGGUCCACAAUCACAAAGGCAUUGUGUGUGAUAGCUGCGGGCUGGCAGUCUCUGGGUUCCGGUACAAAUGCGUCUCUUGCGCGGACUAUGAUCUGUGCCAGAAAUGCGAGAUGCGAGAGACACAUCCGGAUCAUUAUAUGCUGAGGAUGCCCAAGCCUUUGAAACAUAAAUUGGCGGACGAUCUGAUCGGCAAGUGGCGCGAGUUUUUCUCCGCGAAGCACGUCACGCCCGACUCGGACAGCGACGAUGAGCCCAUCACCAAAUACAGGAAUCACAGCAGCGUCGACCUAUCCGAAGAGGUAAAGCGUGCGAUCCGCGCCGAAGUGGCGCGGGUGUCGAAACUGCCGGACCCAGAGGAUCCCCAGCUUAAGAGGAAAACGGCCACCGAGCGGCGCCCGAUUAAGAGGAUACGGAUGGACGGCACGAUAGGGUAUGAUGACGAGGACAGGAGCGUCCCGGAGGUGGUGUUCGCCGACGUCAACGAAGAUGAUCAGCUGCUGGAAGUCAAGCACGAAGUCACUGGAGAAGAAUGGAAGAAGAUGGUGCAUGUCAAAAUAAGUGACGACCUGACGGAGCUCAUGAUAGAAGUACCUCAACAAAAUGCGGGGCACACGGCGUUAUGAGUUUAUUUAUACAAAAAGAGGUAGUUAAGGAAACUUUGAGCUAAAGGCUCUUUUUAUGAUUAUUUGAUUAACCUUUUACCAGGCUAAGGGAUAUAUAUUUCCCACAUACGGCACUUCAAACACGUGUUUUAUGUAUUUUCGAUCAGUAAGACUGACAUUCGAUUGUCAGUUUUCAACUGUCAGCCUGGUAAAGGGUUAAGGUAUAAUGUAAAUAAAUAACUAU